AUGGCUGCCUUUAUGGCGGCUAAGUUUCUAGAUUCCAAGCAGAAAUUUGAUGGCGACGCUGGCCUCCGUCUUUUCGGUAUGCUCUUAGGUGCCACUUUUGCCUUUCUACUAGAUGCGAUUGGUGCGAUGGUGCUUUACGGGUUCCCUUCGUUUGCGAGCAGGUCCUUAUGCAAGCUCUGUCGUCGAAUACGAUUAGAGGUGGCUGCUGAAUGGUCACUAUUCAAGGAGAAGUGGUCGAUUAUUGCAUCUGGUAUCCUUUUUCAGUUUGUUCACGGUUUCUUAACUCGAACAGCUCACUUUCUCCACACUCCUCGUCCUUCGUUACAUGAUGUCGGGUUCGAACUUGUCCCUGAAAUCGGUCCUGAGUAUUUCUUCACCAGUGAAUACCUCUUUUUCGCCAUAUUCAUUCCUUGCUGCAUUUGGACAUUCCAUCCCUUCGUGUGCACCAAGAAGCAAUUUUACACUGUGCUUGUGUGGUGCAAAAUCCUGACGGUAUUUGUGAUGUGUCAGACUUUUCGAGUUCUGUCCUUCACUGCAACACAACUACCUGGUCCUGCACAUCAUUGUAGACAGGGAUCUCCCACAGCUAUCCUCAAAUACACUGGACUCCAGGACGUGCUGUACCUUAAUGCCAUGCAUGGGUGUGGUGACCUCAUCUUUUCCUCCCACAUGACAUUCAUCCUUACUGUUGUCAUCACCUACUCGAGAUAUGGAACCAAUCUCUUCUUCAAGCAUCUGUCAUGGUUGUUAUCUGGAGUUAUGUCAGUUUUGAUAAUUGCUUCACGCAAGCACUACACUGUGGACGUUGUCAUUGCAUGGUACGUUGUACCUCUGGUCUACUACUUCGUUGAGCACAAGCUGGAGGACAACGUUGGCCCAAGAGAUCUGCUUGAGCAUAGCCUUUGUGACAAGAUCCUACCACUCCACUCCUCGCCCUUCCACUUGUCAUUGCAAUUGGAAACCUCUUUUGAAGCUCAAGCAUCCAAUCACCAUGCUUAUACACUUGAUCAAAGCUUUUUUAUCCGAUUAUUUCAUUACCUGGAGUACGUUUGGAGAAGAUUGCAAGCCUCUAUUGUCAGAGUAUGCACUGACUCGCCUGAUGAGGAAUGUGGUAGUUUAAAAGCCAGUUUGUAUGGGGUUGAUGAGGAGGCGCCUCUGCUCUGGGGGGGUUGUGAGGAGGAGGCGCCUCUGCUCUGGGGGGCUUAUGCUGAUGCUGAUGCUGUUGCUGAUGCUGAUGCUGAUGCUGAUGCUGAUGCUGUUGCUGAUGCUGAUGCGGAUAUUGAUUCUGAUGCUGAUUCUGAUGCUGAUUCUGAUGCUGAUGCUGAUUCUGAUGCUGAUUCUGAUCCUCCUGAUGCUGAUGCUGAUGCUGAUGCUGAUGCUUAUGCUGAUGCUGAUGCUGAUGCUUAUGCUGAUGCUGAUGCUGAUGCUGAUGCUGAUGCUGAUUCUGAUGCUGAUUCUGAUGCUGAUGCUGAUGCUGAUGCUGAUACUGAUGCCGAAUCGGAUGCCGAUGCCGAUGCCGAUGCUGUUGCUGAUGCUGAUGCUGAUUCGGAUGCAGAUUCUGAUGCUGAUUCUGAUGUGGGCUGUGGUAGGAAUGCAAGGCAAGAGUAG